AUGAGCGUAGCCGCUCACGACUCCAACUGCAAGAUCGAGCCCGCCGCCGGUAGUAUCGCGGCUGACGACGUGAUCGACAUCACUACCGAGCCGGACGGUGCGGAUGGCCCGCUCGUGACCGAGAGCGACAUCGAAGCUUUCUUCAACGCCACCAAGGGUAUUGCAGGCGAUACCGCUGCAUCCCAUAAAGCUCAUGCCGCAGACUCCACGGGCCCGCAGCUCGACAUGACCGAGGCCGCCAGCGAGGUCGACGACAGCCCUGGCAGUGUCAAGAACACCUGUGAAGUUGGAGAGGGCGAGGGCGACGACGCUGAAGUCGAGGCCGAGGACGCAAGCGAGCUCAGCGACCCCGUUGGGUUCGGCGAGGCCAACCACGAGGCCAAUACCGACGAAGCCAGCGACGAUGCUGAAGGGGAUGGAGACGAGCACUGCGAGGAGGAGCACGAAGAGGAAGAGGACGCCAGUGGCGAAACGGACACCGGUUCGGAGUACACCACCGAAGUUAUCACCAAGACCACCCGCCGCAGCACUCGCACUCGCGCUCGCGCUCAGAGCAUCGUCGCUAACCAGGAGCCUCAAACGUGUGAGGCGCUCGAAGAGUCCGAGGAACAUAAGCAAGAGCAACCCGAGGAGAAGCUCACCAAUCCCAAGAAGACGGCCACAAACCGUCGUAGCGGCAGGCGAGGCAAGGCUGUCAAGAGCGAGGCAGAGCCCUCUGAGGAACCUCAGGAAGACGGCCAGGGGAACGCCGAUCCUGUUGAACCGAUGCAGGAGAGCGAAACCGAGGCGGCCCCCGUCAAGCGUCGCGGCGGCCGCAAGCGUGCCCAGCCUGCCAAGGUCGGCUCACCUUCUCCGCCUGAGGGUCCUAAGCCCACCAAGCGCUCGCGCAAGCGUAAGGAAGAUAAGCAGGAGAGCGACCACGACGAUGUUAAACCCGCCGUCGACGAGGACGGAAGCGUCAAGCGCGGCAAGCGCUCUCGCCGCGCGAAGGAGAAGCCGGACCUUGACUGUGAUGCCGAGCCUGGCGCGGAGGAGGAGAACAAGUCCACCAAGCGUGCGCGCGCCUCCAGGUCGAAGAAGCUCAAGCUCGACGUCCAGCCCAAGAUGGAGCACGCAGAGCCCGCCAAUGGUCGCCGCGCCAAGUCCGAGCCUCUUCCCGGUGCUGAGGCUGAGCUCUCUCCCGACCUGAAGACCGGCAAGUCCCACAAGACACCCAAGUCCUCCGGCCGCCCCGCCGCCCGCUGGUCCCCAGAAGACCGUACGGCGCUGUACCUUGCUGCCGUCGAGGCGAACUGCGGGGGCAAGGUGCGCACAGAGCGUUUCCAAGCGGGCGUCGCCGGGCGCAAUGCGAAGCAGUGCUUCGACGCUUGGCAGAAGACGGCGGAGCCCUUCAUCAUGAAGUAUCUCUCCGAAGAGCCUAAACCCGUGCCCAAGGACUGGAGGGCCGAGCCGACGGGCCGCAAGGGCUGGGACGGAGCUGCGCUGCAGGCUCUCUUCGACGCUGCAAUCGGGACGGAGACGCCGCGCUUCACGGAGGGCAUCAACGGCCGCUCGAAGGCUACGACCCGCGACACCUGGAAGUGA